GUCCUGUAUGGAAUGUAUCUCACAGCCUGUUGUUGAACUAUUAUGACAUGUCUCUAGCAAUCAGAAAGAGAAGCUGGGAGGAACAUGUGACCCAAUGGAUGGGACUGGCUUUUUCUCCUGUUGAAUAUAAUACAGCAUGCCGUCAUGGACUUGUAGUUGAUAACUUGCAGGCAAGUAUGGAAAAAGAUGAAGUUUUGAGUGCUAGCCGGAAAGAAAAAUCUGCUUCGUUACCAGACUGCUGUCAUAGUGGAGAGCUGAUUGGCUUCCCAGCAAAGCUGCUUAGCAAUAAUUCGAAAGAAGUGGAUGAAAAUGACAACCAUGAAGAUGAGGAGCACUUUCUGGAGGCCAGUACAGAAACUUUGGUCCAUGUUUCUGAUGAAGAUGAUGAUUAUUCAGAUCUUAGUUUGGGUAAAAUUAACCACCACAUCACUUGUACUGAACAGAAAUCAAAAGACGAAGAAAAAAGUUUAAGAGGAGCUGGCUCCUUAACAACGAUGGUACCAAAAAUGGAAAUAAACAAGGAAUCUAAUGUGUCUGGAACAAUAGAAGUCAUUAAUGAGCUCGACUAUGCCACCAUUUCCCAAGAAAAAAUGGAGGAGGAGGAGAUUUCCAGUAGUAUUGGGAAAAGCCUGGUGCUUUGUAAUUGUAAAGGGUUGUGUGAAGUAUUACAUGAAGGUGUACCAAGAGAAAACAUCUCUCAUUCUCUGAAUGUGAAGGAAAUUACUGUGCCUGGGAAACAGCUGCUUCAUACUGCUGUAAUUGCACAACAGCGUAGGAAAUCUGAUGCUUCUAAAGAUGGGCUUGGAAAAACUGACAACACUGUGGUACAGGAUAAGCUUUCCCCUGGUCCAUGUUCUGGCAGUGGCAGACAACCAUUCUCAAAAGCUGCACCCAAGGAUUACCUUGUGCAGUCUUCUCCUUGGUCGCAUAUCAUGCCAAUGGAUAAGGACUUGGAUGAAUGUGUUCUCACAGAACCUCAAAUGGGCCCUGAAAAAAAAAAUCUUACAAAUGUCACUCCAGUGGAAGACAUCCAGUGUUUACAUUUUCAGGGUGAUCUGGCCACUCAUGAACCUGCAGACAAUCAAGUGAAAUUGCGUAAAAGAAAGGAAAUGAGAGAAGAUCGAGAACGGUCACAAUUGGACUCCAUGGUGCUGCUAUUUAUGAAACUGGACCAGCUUGAUCAGGAUAUUGAAAAUGCUCUCAGUACAGGCUCUUCACCAUCCAGCACCCCAACGUACAAACGGAGGCACAUACCUGAUUUGGAAUCUGGUUCUGAAAGUGGAGUAGAUGUUGCUUCAAUAAGUCACUCUCAAACAAACUUAUCUCCUAAUACUCAUGCUGCUGACCUAGCAUCACCCUGUCUAAUGGCUGGCUCUGGAGCUAAACCAAAGGCUGGGGCUAUGCCAGUUAUUUCAGAAAAGGAGAAGGCGGAAAUAGAGGCCAAGGAAGCGUGUGAUUGGCUGCGGGCAGCAGGAUUCCCACAGUAUGCCCAGCUUUAUGAAGAUCUCCUGUUCCCCAUUGACAUCGCUAUAGUCAAGCGAGAGCAUGACUUUCUGGAUAGAGAUGCUAUUGAGGCCUUAUGCAGGCGCUUAAAUACUUUAAACAAAUGUGCAGUGAUGAAGCUAGAAAUCAGUCCACACAGAAAAAGGAGUGAAGAUUCCGAUGAAGAUGAGCCUUGUGCAAUAAGCGGGAAAUGGACUUUUCAAAGGGACAGCAAGAGGUGGUCCAGGCUUGAGGAGUUUGACGUUUUCCCUCCAAAACAGGAUUUGAAUACCCCCUCCCCAGAAGCUCAUUCCCUGACCAAUGCGGCUAGCCAUGAAAGCGUCCUGACAGACCUCAGCGAGCGCCAAGAGGUGGCUUCUAUUCACAGCGUCAGUAGCACCAGCAGCCACCAGCCACCCCCGCAGAGCGAGACAGCUACUACUAGAACAAACUCUGUUGCCAGCGUUUGUUCAUCAAGCAAUUUCAUAGCAAAUGACGACUCCUUCAGCAGCCUGCCCUCGCCUAAGGAGCUGUCUAGCUUCAGCUUCAGCACGAAAGCCAAUGAAAAGAAUGCCAAGUCCAAAACAAAGAGCCUGUUAAAGAGGAUGGAGAGUCUGAAAAUCAAGAGCUCUCACCAUGGGAAAAAAGCCCCUUCAAAGCUUGGUCUUAUUAUCAGCGGGCCCAUCCUGCAAGAGGGCAUGGAUGAAGAGAAGCUGAAACAGCUUAACUGCGUGGAGAUUUCUGCUCUCAAUGGCAAUCACAUCAACAUACCUAUGGUACGAAAAAGGAGCGUCUCCAAUUCCACCCAGACCAGCAGUAGCAGCAGUCAAUCCGAGACGAGCAGCGCUGUCAGCACACCGAGUCCUGUCACAAGAGCACGCAGCCUCAGUGCGUAUAAUAAGAGGGUGGGCAUGUACCUGGAAGGUUUCGACCCAUUCAACCAGUCGACAUUCAGUGAUGUUAUGGAACAGAACUUUAAGAACAGGGGAAGCUUUGCAGAAGACACUGUUUUUUUUAUUCCUGAAGACCAUAAGCCUGGCACCUUUCCCAAAGCCCUCUCCAAUGGUAAUUUCUCCCCAUCAAAUGGCAACGCUUCUGUGAACUGGAGAACUGGGAGUUUUCACGGACAUGGCCACCUUACCCUUAGGAGAGAAAACAGUGGGGACAGCUCCAAGGAACUGGUCAUUGGGAAAAGGCGCAACUCUUCCAGCUCUGUGGGCAGUCGCAUUAGCAUUUAUGACAAUGUACCAGGCUCAAUACUGUACUCCAGUACAGGUGAUCUGGCUGACCUUGAAAAUGAAGACCUCUUCCCAGAACUGGAUGACAUCCUUUAUCACGUGAAAGGGAUGCAGAGAAUAGUAAACCAGUGGUCAGAAAAGUUCUCGGAUGAAGGGGACUCUGAUUCAGCACUAGAUUCAAUUUCCCCAUGCCCUUCCUCUCCAAAGCAGAUUCACCUUGAUGUGGAUAAUGAUCGAACAACACCCAGUGACCUUGACAGUACAGGAAAUUCAUUAAAUGAAACGGAGGAGCCCUCAGGACUGCAGGACAGAAGGGACUCUGGGGUAGGAGCAUCACUGACACGGUCCAACAGGCACAGACUGAGAUGGCACAGCUUUCAGAGCUCCCAUCGACCCAGUUUGAGCUCGGCAUCCUUACAGAUUAACUGCCAGUCUGUGGCACAGAUGAACCUGCUACAGAAAUACUCACUCUUGAAGUUAACUGCCCUCCUGGAGAGGUACACGCCUUCCAAUAAGCAUGGCUUCAGCUGUCCUCAUCACUUGCAGCUACACUUAAUUAUUACCUCAUCCAGCCAUGUCGUUGCAAUGUCUGUAGCAUCUCAGGAUAUGAAAAUCAUCAGUUCUUUGUAUUUGGUUGGCCUCUUUAUGAAAAGGAUAAAAGUACCAGAUUAUAAAGAUCGGAAUGUGUUUGGAGUUCCACUGCAAAUUAAUGUCCAGCGUAUGGGACAGCCUCUUCCGCAGAGCAUUCAACAGGCCAUGCGGUACCUCCGCAACCAUUGCCUGGAUCAGGUUGGGCUGUUCAGGAAAUCUGGAGUCAAGUCAAGAAUCCAAGUUUUGCGUCAAAUGAAUGAGAACUCAAUAGACGGCGUUAACUAUGAAGGACAAUCUGCUUAUGAUGUGGCAGACAUGUUAAAGCAGUACUUCCGUGACCUUCCAGAGCCACUCAUGACCAACAAACUCUCAGAGACCUUCUUGCAGAUUUACCAAUAUGUGCCGAAGGAUCAGCGUCUCCAGGCUAUUAAGGCUGCCAUUAUGCUUCUACCCGAUGAGAACAGGGAGGUCCUACAGAUUCUGCUUUAUUUCCUGAGUGAUGUCACAGCUGCAGUGAAAGAGAACCAGAUGACGCCAACAAACCUUGCUGUGUGUUUAGCACCCUCCCUCUUCCACUUAAAUACUCUCAAGAGAGAGAAUUCUUCUCCAAGGGUGAUGCAACGGAAGCCCAGUCUGGGCAAACCUGAUCAGAAAGAUUUAAAUGAAAAUCUGGCUGCUACCCAGGGACUGGCCCAUAUGAUUGCUGAGUGCAAGAAGCUCUUCCAGAUUCCUGAAGAAAUGAGCAGAUGUCGAAAUUCUUAUACAGAGCAAGAUCUUAGACCUCUCAGCUUGGAGGAGCUUGGACAAAACAACAGCACAGAGUCCUCUGACUAUCACUGUUACCUCCAGGACUGCAUGGAUGAUCUACUCAAGGACAUGAAGGAAAAAUUUAAAGGUUGGGUCAACUGUUCAACAUCUGAGCAAGCAGAGCUGGCCUAUAAAAAGGUAUCUGACGGGCCCCCACUGCGGCUGUGGAAGUCCACCAUUGAAGUCCCUGCCAUGCCUGAAGAGAUUUUAAACCGUUUACUGAAAGAACAGCAUCUUUGGGAUGAAGAUCUCUUGGAUUCAAAAGUAAUUGAAACCUUGGACAGUCAGACAGAUAUCUACCAAUAUGUCCAAAACAGCAUGGCCCCACACCCAGCUAGAGACUUCGUAGUCUUAAGAACAUGGAGGACAAACUUCCCCAAAGGGGCCUGUGUGCUUUUAGCCACCUCAGUGGAUCAUGACCAUGCUCCAAUGGUUGGUGUUAGAGUUAACGUGCUCUUAUCCAGGUAUCUGAUUGAACCCUGCGGGUCAGGAAAAUCCAAACUCACCUACAUGUGCAGGAUUGAUUUAAGGGGCCACAUGCCAGAAUGGUACACCAAAUCUUUUGGACACUUAUGUGCAUCUGAAAUUGUUAAGAUCAGAGACUCUUUUGUUCAGAAUCUUGAGACUAAAGAAGUAAAAUCUAGGUGACUGCUGAGGCGGAACAACUAUUCAUUAUCAUCCCUGUAUAUAGUCCCAAAAACCAAGGAUUGUCAUGGCAGAAUGGAUUCUAGCACAACCUGCAAGUCAUAUCAUGGAAGAACAAGAUCAUGAACUGGACCGUGAGCGUUACUAUAAGGCUGUGGCAAUACCAUACAUCCGAAAGCUGCUUCCUGUCUAUGUAAGGUCUAUAGUAUAGAUCUUGACUGGAAUAUAUAUAGGAGGACUUCAAAAAAGAUAAACUAAACUAUUAGAUGGUUUGAAUUGCUUCUGAGAAGCUAAAACUCUUUAAACAUAAGUAUAUUAUGUAACAUGGUAAAGAUGCGUGAUCCCAUGUGCUAUUAGCUUUAUGUAUGUAUCUGUCAUUUUAUCUAACGUGUUUGAGGGACUGGUGUAUCCACUGGAAUAGUUGGUACUCUUCAAUGUGUUCUCACUGAGAUAAGCGAAGAAAGGUUUGCACAGAAAUUAAUGUGUGAAUGAGUGUGUUAAUGGUUGAAAGGAGUAGCAAAAGUCGAAUUAGAAGUAUGGUGUCUGGUACACUGAUAAUUAAGCGGAAUGGAUUUUAAUGUAUUGGAGACAGUUCAACCUGGAAUCUGACUACCAAUGGGCCAGCUGCAGCACCAAUCAUCCUUUGCUCUUGCUGGUUUUGUAUUUUCCCCAGUCAAUAUCUUUGUUAACUUGUAAGCAACUGCCAUACUACAUUGCUCAGAGUACUGUCCAUUGCCUAUCCAGAUCUUUUUAGGAGCAUUUAGUGAUUCUAUUACAAUGAGGAGAAUACAGUUAUGAGCUUACGGCUGAAAUUCCUCUGUAGUAGUCAAGUGAAUAAAUGUCAAUAGCUGUGUUGCCUAAAAGUGAGUAUUGUUGCAUUUACUCCUAGAUCUGCUAUGAUAAUUGUAUACAGUCUUAACCAGCUUAGUAUAUUUUACUGUAUUUUAACAGCUUAUGAAGAAAAUUGUAGACAUGGAAGUCCUGUCAUUAGGACUCCUAUGACAGCAGAGAAAGGAAGUUGACAAGGAAGAUUUAUAUAAAUUUUCCUCUCCUGUACCUGUAUUUCUGAAAUCUGCACAUUAGUGUGAAACUAGAAGCUUUAGAGUGAGCUAGUUAAUAUAUAGAUUUUUUUUUUAGCCCUCUAAAAUAUUUCUCACUGACAAUCGCUUCCUAUGGGCAGUAAGAAACUAAAAGAGGUCCUCUGGAAAAGGUGGUCUUUAUACAGGUUUUACUGUAAAGAUAGGGAUUUGAUUUAGAGAUGCAGUAUUAAGUGAUAAAUGUAUUUUAUGGCUAGCGUAUGAAUGAGGUGUAAGAUGGAUUUUUGCCUGAGACUAAGUUACCAUUGUCAGUGUUAUUAAGUUUUCCUUAAUGGAUGAAGAUUUUUUGUUAUGGCAAAUAAUGUAGUGUUUCCAGUAUCAGUGUUCCUCACGAAUUGGGAGCCCUUGCAUAUUCAGCUUCAAACAGUUUGUAAAAUCGUAUGUUGUACAUACCAUUCUAUUGUAAACAUGUAUACUUGCCCACAAUGUACUGUCCUAGAUAAAGCAUGAUAAAGAUUAUUUAAAAUAUACUUGUAUUUAUACCUCAAAUAUUCUUUUGGGUUUUUUGUACCUCAAGUAUUUUUUUUCUAUUGUAAAUAUGCUUUACAUGAUUAUGGUCUAAGUGAAAGAAAGGAAGAGGUUUAUAACAUGCUAUAUAUGUCUGUACAGAGUAUAAUCAAUAAGUGCACUAUUAAAUGUUUAAAAUGGA